AUGUUAACAACACUUGUGGGGCUAUCCGCAAGUGUUAACAACGUUUCCUCUCACCGCGCCUCCAAUUCGACUCGAUACACACAGCCUCUCGCCGUCGCCACUCCAAUUCGAAGAAGCCACUCACCGUCACCGCUCCGAUCAUUCUCUCGUGGCCGGCGCCUCUGUCUCAAUUUCAGAGAUGCUGAAAGCAAACAGCCUUCAAAGAAGUUCCGUGGAGUUCAUAAUUGCAUAAAAGGAGUCAAAGUAGUGGCUGCGGUGGGUGGAGGCACUUCUUCGAAGGCCCCCGUCCGCCGGCCUGCUGGCCCGAUCUGGAGAAUUCAUGUUCCGGCAGGCGGGCGAGACAGAAUGGUUUCCACAAUAUAUGCAAAAUUAUUUCAAAUACCAAAAGGAGCAAAAGUGGUUUCCCAUCCGUAA